AUAUAAAACACAUCCGGUAGGACUUUUGUCAGAGUUUAGCCUCCGUUGAUCACAUGACCUGCUGACGUCAACACAAACAGACAUGGAGGCGGUGGUGGAGGAGAUCGUAGCUCCUGAAGAUCUGGAGAAGUUUGGGAGGAAGUAUAAAGCAGAGCUGGAAAAAGGCAGCGUGUCUAAAAACACUAAAUUUGAAUACGCCUGGUGUUUAAUCCGGAGUAAAUCCAGCACUGAUAUCAAAACAGGCAUCGAACUGCUGGAUGAUCUGAUUCACAAAGGGACUAAAGAUGAUCAGAGGGAUUACCUGUUUUACCUGGCCGUCGGGAACUACAAACUCAAGGAGUACGAGAGGGCGCUGAAGUUCGUGAGGACGCUGCUGAAGAACGAGCCGGGGAACACUCAGGCCCUGGAGCUCGAGAAGCUGAUCGACAAGGCCAUGCGGAGAGAUGGGCUGGUCGGCAUGGCGAUAGUGGGAGGCAUCGGGCUGGGCGUGGCCGGGUUGGCGGGUCUGAUCGGGUUGGCGGUGGCUAAGAAGGCGGGGUGAGGAGUCGGGCGAGGUGACGGCCGGGUCCAGCAGAACCUGAUUAACACACUAAAGCCUUACUGGCGUUUUAUACUGCAGCUCUGACCAUUAGCCUAGCUUUAGCUUAGCUCACACGUUAACCCCGGAGCGCUGUACUGAGCGCGUGCAGGACGGGGCGGGGGUGGUGUUCUGAUCCAGGGGGGGUUCUGGUUCUGUGUGAUUAUUAAAAGCUGGAUGAUUAUAUAACUCAUCACUCUGCAGUAUUACUGAAAUAUUAUACAGAAUAUAUAAACUGCAAUAUUUAUAUUUACUGAUUUAAACAGUGUAAUAAACUGUGUUUAUAAUUUCAAUAAACGCUGUCUUCACCUUU